CCUUAGAAGAAAGAACAGAGGGGAGCAGAGGGAACACGCAGAAACGCCUCAGAACCAUUCCUGCGAGGAACUAAAUUCGCAGUCUUCCUUACACCACCGGAGCCUUAACCUUGAGACAAUCAGCAGGGUUGCUCAUGCGCAAUUACACCCCAUAAGCCUUGCCGCUUGCUCAACUCUGCGCCGAAGGUGCCUACUUGUGCGCCUGCGCUGUGACCUAAACGUGCGACUGACUGGAUUGGAAACUAUGGCGUGGUUAUCGGCGGAGUCUGCAGUGGAAGAGUUGAUGCCCCGGCUGUUGCCAGUGGAUCCCUGCGACUUGACAGAAAGUUUUGAUCCCUCCGCACCCCCGAGGAGCUGGAAAAAAUUUUGUCUGGGUGAAAGGCUAUGUGUUGAAGGGGCUGUUGGACCAGCUAAAAACGAAAGUCCUGGAAUAGAUUAUAUACAAAUUGGUUUUCCUCCCUUGCUUAGUAUUGUUAGCAGAAUGAAUCAGGCAACAGUAACCAGUGUCUUGGAAUAUCUGAGUAAUUGGUUUAGAGAAAGAGACUUUACUCCAGAAUUGGGGAGAUGGCUUUAUGCUUUAUUGGCUUGUCUUGAAAAACCUUUAUUACCUGAGGCUCACUCACUGAUUCGGCAGCUUGCAAGAAGGUGCUCUGAAGUGAGGCUCUUAGUGGACAACAAAGAUGAUGAGAGGGUUCCUGCUUUGAAUUUAUUAAUCUGCUUGGUUAGCAGGUAUUUUGACCAACGAGAUUUAGCUGAUGAACCAUCUUGACAUAGCUGAUCUCUCAGGGAUAGAAAAUACUUGUGAUGAAGGCAGCCUAUGUCUGAGGAAGUACAAUGCCAAUUCAAGUACAGAUUGCAUCACAUCUUCAACAUUAUGAGAGGGGUCUUCAUCUUAAACUGUGCAACGCAGAAGAUAGCUUGUGUGGAUUUGAAUAUCUGAAGUAUCUUUGAUACUUUGAAGAAACUCCACCUAGUUUCUAAUGACAAGUUUUAAAGUUUUUCUAUAACCACAUGCAGUACUGUAUGAUGAAAUUUUACAGAUGUCCUUGGUGCUGUUUCAUUGUUUUAUAUGAAUACACAUAAAAUUUUAUUGAAAAUGUUUUGGUUACUAAAAUUUUGUUUGACUCUUGAACAAGACAAUGGAGAAAGGUUCUUAGUAUUGGAAUUAAAAUAAUCUAGAUUAAAUGGCAAAUCUGUUCAUAGCAACAAAAUUAAGCAAACGUUUUCCCUUUAAGCUUAAUGCUUUUAUUUAAAUGCUUUAUUGCACAAAACUUUUCUUAACAAAUCAAGUAAUACCCUAAUAGAUUGACUGCUUUUUCUGUCAAAUCUUGUUCAUUUCACUUAUAAUUUAUAAUCAGGUACAGAUGUUUCCUACUUUUAAGUACAGAAGAUCCAAGUAACAGUAGUUCUUCAAAUAGGGGUUUAUUUUCUCACAUAACAAGAUGUGGAGGAGCUGGCUGCUGGCAUUGGUUCAGUCACUCUGCAAUACCAAGGUCUCUGAUCGUUUGGCCUUUCCCUCAUGGUAACAAGAUGGCUACUAGAGUUCAA